ACAAAAGGCACAAAGGCAGGACACCAACCAAACUUCCGCAGCGCCCCUCUCUCGCAUCACACUCCGGUCGCAAGGAUGGAUGAGCUGUUGAGGGAUGCGGUUAACGCUGUGCAGCGCAUGACUGUUGGCUGUGGGCGAUUGGCGGAUGCUCAGUCGGUGCCAUUGCCACAGCGGCCACUGGGUGAUGCAGUGGAGACGCGCCUGCUGCGCAUGAUCCAACACGCAAGUGAUGGAAGCAACAAGGCCGCCGAUCAGGCUUCCCCCGCCACCACGCACACGGACCUGCUUCCGCUCUUUCCGGCGCCAAUUGCCGCUGACCACGUACACAUUCUUCUGGACACCUCCUCCUCCAUGGUGGAUAUGCUGGACGCCGUUCGCCAGCACGUGCUCGAGCUUAGCACCUUCCUCACUCGCACUGGCAUCAGGGUAACCGUGACAGCCUUCUCCGACACACCGCGGACAUUUGAUGGUCGCGGGCUCUCCAGCGACGCCACUUUCCUCUCCCAACUGGAGCAGUGGCUUGCACAGCAACCAGCCGAUGGGUUGACGUGCACACGCGAAGCGCUCGAGGUUGCUCUUCAAUCUGGCGCUGAUGCCAUCGUCCUCAUCACCGAUGGCCUUCCAACGUCUCCUCCCUCCCAUAUCAUCCGCAUGUGCGCGCAGGCCAUCGACAGCCCACAAGGCCCCUGGAUGAUCGCUCCUGUGUACCUGCACGAUGACCUGAGCGGCAUAGCUGGGGCAGGGUUUGGUCACUCGCCCUUUGCAUCGUCCACAUCACCAUCAUCAUCGUCAAUGAGCAGGCUCACGCGGUCCCUCCACUCAACACAUCUCUCCGGCAACACAUGGGCGCAGCCGUGGUCGUCGCACUCAUCCCUGUCUUCACAGCCCCCGGCCACCUACAACCCUUCCUCUUCUCUUUACAGCAGCCGCACUCCCAACACGGCUGUGCACGGUCCAGCAAUGAGCAGAAGUGGGCCACUUGCGCAUGGUAGUAGUAGCGGUGGUGGUGACGGUGGUGGUGGCAUGGCAUCGAAGAUGAUGGGUGCACCGCCACAAUCACUUCCACUGCCGCCGUCCUGUGAUGCGGAUGCUGUUGCCUUCCUCAACAGGAUUGGCGCAUGCUGCAACCUCCCUUGCUUCGUCACGGCCUUCUCUUCCCUGACGCAAUCCAUGCGAGAACAGGAAGGACAGCAGUCGCGGUACAUGGGCGCUGGGGGCGGUUAUGGCUUGGGCAGAGCUGGACAAAAUGUCCGCACAACGGUGCGUGCGCUAGGGCAGCUGCCGCAGGUGCAGGCGCUAAUUGAAGGGCGGGCAACAGCGGAGACACAAGAGGAACUGGAGGCCGAGGUGGCCGCAGACGGCGAUGAUGAUGAGGAUGGUGAUGAGGAUGGUGGUGAUGAUGGUAAGAGAAGUGGUGAUGAUGAUGAUGAUGAUGAUGAUGAUGAUGAUGGGAAUCGCAUGGAAUGUGAGCAGAGAGCAGCGGUUGGUGCAGUUGACGCUCACGAGGAAAGUGUCAACGAGGAAGGCGACGAUGCACACGACCGGAUGCUGAACGGUGAUGGGGUUGUGACCGUUCGGAUCGUGGACGUGGAUGAUGAUGGUGAUGGUGAUGGUGGCAACGGUAGUGCAUCCUCCGUUGCUGUGCACACGCCACCACGCCGGAAUAGACGCCGACAGGGCAGCGGCAGCGGCAGCGGUGGUGGUGGUGAUCUUGAAGCGGACGAAGAGCAGGAGGCCGUGGAAGAUGUGAGUGGUGAUGGAGAAGGGAGUGCUCAUGCUGGGGCACAUGACAGUGCGUUGAAUGGUGGCGGUUUUCAUGCUCAUCACCAGCACCACACCGCUGCUGCUGCUGUCCGCGGCGGUGGCGUCACUGGCGGCGUUGCUGGUGGUGUAGAGCUCGAGCGCAUCGUCGGCCUUCGCGUCGUCUGUCUGCACGACGACGAAUUCCGCGCCGGCCGCGUCGUUGGCGCAAUGCGGCCAGAAGGCGCCGCUGAGAGCAUUGCACGCGUGCAGUUGGACAGCAGCAACAACGCCGACAACGAUGACGGUGGUGAUGUGGAUGGCGAUGAUGAUCAUGAUCAUGACGGGGCAGCCGUGACGCAAGUUCUUGUCAAUCUCAAUGACCUCAUCCCAUACACACACGCUGGCCCAAGAGCGCUGUAUGCUCUGACCAAGCAAGGGUCCAUCUUCAUCCCCAGCAUCAUCCUCCAGCGAACUGCGUCCACGAUUGGCUGCAAGCUCUAUUCCGGCGAGCGGAUCCACGUUCCACCAGCCCACGUCGUCGGCAUCACCCUUGACCAGUUUGCAAACUGUGUCAGCGCGCUUGUUCACUCCGCUUCCACUGGAUCUCUCACGGAUGAUAACGAGCAAGACGACAAUAAUCUUGAAGAUGAGCUCAGGCGAAAGCACUUUCAGCGUCACGCCGGCAGCACCAUCAGCAGCAGCAGUGAUGAUGACGAUAAUGUUGGAGUUGUGUCAUCGUCGCCGGCGUCACGCCUUUCACGCAGAUCACGACACCACCCUUUUGCAAGCCGUCACAGACAGCGUACACGACGUCAGCCAACACGACGCCUACACUCGCCCGUGUCCGCGGCCACCAGCAGCCGAUACGGGAGUCGCCCACGCUCCGCAGCAACAUCAACAUCCAGCCAACGUCGCCAUGAUGGUGACGGUGUCCUCAACUAUCGCCAUCAGCAUCGUCAUGCGCGUUAUCGCGAUCGCAGUCCACCUGCAGCCACGAUCCGCGGGCCCGACUCCCGCGCCCCACCGACGCGAGAUGAGCUGAUGCUGAUGGAGGAGCGCGAUCGCCACGAGCGAUUGGCGCCGCAGCGUCGCCAGCGCACCAUGCAGCGAAUUUCACAGCAGCAGCAGCACACGGUGGCCGAAGAAGAGGGCGCACGAACCCGCGCGCGUAUGCGUUCGUCUGCGCGGGAGCAGAGAGAGCGGCGGGCGUGGGAACGCCAGAAGGAAGACAGAAGACAGGUUGAGUACUCCGAGCGAAAGUGCAGGCAGGAACGAAGAAAGAGGCAAGAGAAGUUGCAAGAGAUUCAGGACAACCGGGCAGAGCAAGAAACAAUGCGACUUGAGCAACGCCGACAAGAAGUGCUGCAGCGAAGCGUGGAUGCAGUGAUGCGUCAGGUGGAAGCCGAAGAGAAGGACAGAAUUCGAAUUUCCCGACGCAGACAAGAGGCUGAGGCGCGCCACCACCACCAUCGCCAAAUUGCAUCACACACGGUUGCACGACAACAGAUUGUUGACGAGGCAGCACAAGCGCGUACACGCAGGAGGCUUGAGCAAGAAGAGAACACGCGACAAGCACAUGUGGCGCGCGCAAAUCUGCGACAGUCAACGCGGCAGGCACGAGAGCUGACGCGCAGGGUGGAGCUGUCAGAACGAAGGGAGUGGGAAGCAAUGACAGCGGCCAAUCACGGCGUGAUCGAUGUACAGAGGCGCGACAAAGGCGCACUCGUGGCCUCCAUUGCCCAAGGAGAUUCGCUCACGGAGACGCUCGGAUACGGGCGGUCUGUGGAGGACGAGGAGGAGACCAAGCGCCACACGCGGCGGCUGCAGCAGAUGGAGAGGCAACAGAGAGUGGAAGCACGUCGGCAGGAGGAUGAGGCCAAGAAGUCAAUGACUCUGCGUGCCCGCCAACGCCAAAACGCAGAACGCCAAGCGAGGCUGGAAGCUCAGCGAGCCGCCCACGCUGAUAGAAAGGCUGCACAGCACCAGACCAAGCAGGCACAGGCACGUGCGCGACACGAUGCUUUGCACACACUUCGCGAGAACGAAGCAAGACGCCAAGAGGCACGUGAGCAGAAGGUGGCCCAGCGCAAUGAAGAAAAGAAGAUUAUCCACCAAGGCACUGUUCAGGGCUAUCGGACCCUCGAGGCGCGCGCCCUUGCUGCUGCACGGCGAACGCACGCAAGGAGGGAACACCACGCGAACAUGCGAGCGCAACGCCAACGGCAGGAGGCAGCAGACGCCCGAGCCGCAAAGCAGACACAAAGAGCACGACACUUUGCGGGACGUGCGCAUGAAGGCUUCCUUGUUCUGCCAACAGAUGAGCGUAUUCUGCCGUGAUGUUCGACAGCACGUGUGCUGGCACAAGUACAACACUCUAAUUGGAC